AUGCGUAAAUUCUUCACUCAAAUUCCUAAAGCUGUUGAAUUAUUGAAAGCAAAUCCUGCUCUGCCAGUAAGAGCUCAUAUUGAAUAUUGUUCAGGAUGAGGAUAUCGUUCAUAAGCUAUUUUAGCUGAAGUGUGCUUGAAGCAUCUCUAUCCAAAAAGUGAAGUCACUUUAAAUUCACCUGAUUCAGUAAUAUUAUUUGACUAUUCAUUUAGAGAACAGGAAAUAUUGAAGUGACCAUAUUUAAAUCAGAUGGAUAAAAAGAAUUGGUCCAUUCUAAAAAAAAUGGUCAAGGAAAUAUCACACCUGAUAAUGUGGCUGAAAUCAUGUAAAGAGUGAUUAGGUUUGUUGAAUGAAAAGCCAAUAUUGAAUGUAAUAGGUAUAUUCAAGAGAUUAAAUGAAUGAAGAAUUGGAAAGAAAAUACGGAUUCCAAUUUUGAAAAAGGAAUUUUAAUCUGUUUAAAUGAAACUAUUAUAUUCAUCACACAUAAAUUUAAAAUAUAA